UUGGUGGGCCCAUUCUAGCCCGAAGAGCAAACCACUGGGCCCGUGCGUGGUCACCAGCGACGACCAAUACAAACUUGGGCCCACACGUCAGGUUGACCCCUCUUCUCCAUGUUCCCACCCUUCCAGAAGCUUCCCGAGCCACCCGAACGAUAACUUCGGCCCCGUUCUCCAAGCAUUCGAAGCUCCCGAACUUUCCAAACAACACCAACGCCUUCGCGAACUUUCUCCUUCGUCCUCCAUAUAUAUGCACCGCGACAACAGUUCGCAUCUCAGAGCAACUCGAACAACAACUCCGAGAAAGCAAUCAGUUCCAAGAAAAGCUCAAGGCAGCCAUGGCGUCUCGCCGAUUCUUCGCUUACGACCCCUACGACUACUACUACGCCGCUCCAUACCACUACCCCUACCCGUACUACCAGUACCAGCAGCCGGCGCUAUCCCGCGGCGUCGGCGGGUUCUUCACGGACGCAGCGCCGGAGGCGGUGAACGUGGCUCCGCGGCCCAGGGUCGAGUCGUCGAGGCCGGUCUCCAUUCCCGUCCACUUCGUCGGGUCCGACCCGGAGCCCGAGCGCGGGACGGCGAGGAUGCCGGCGGCGGCGGCGGUGCCGAGGAAGCGGGCGCCGUCGGCGGAGGAGGCGGCGGUGAGGGUGCAGGCGGCGGCGCGCGGUUUCCUGGCGAGGAGGUCGGUGCGGGCGGUGCGCGACGUGGAGCGGGAGACGGAUGAGGUUGCGGGCAAGAUUGCGCGCGAGGCGGAGGUGCUGCGCGGGGACGCGAGGGCGCGGAUCGCCGUAGGGGAGGCGCUGAUGAGGCUGCUGCUGCGGCUCGACGCGGUUCGCGGCGCGCGGGAGUACCGGAAGAAGGUCACCAAGCGGGUGCUCGCGCUGCAGGACGCCGUCGACGCCCUCGAAGCCAAGCCCGCGCCGGCGCAGGUGGCCGUGGCGGAGCGGGACGAGUCCGAGGUGACGGCCGAGAUGGCCGACGAGGGAGCGGUGGCUUCAGAGCUCCCGGAUGUGGUGGAGCAUAGCGGCAUGAUCGAAGAGGAGGUGGUGGCCGGGAACAGAGCUGACGGCGAGCCGGAAGAGGCGGAGGAAACGGGACAGGCGCAGGGCGGGGCGAACCUUGACGGCCACAAACUGGAAGGUUCGGACGCGGAGGGCGAGGACGAGUGGGAGAUGGUGACGGAUGAACCCGUGCCUGCGACGGAGACGCCAGCACCGCGCCCUGAGUCGCCGAGGCCCCAGGAACCGGCGGGGACAGAGAUCAGGAGGGCGGCGGAAGCCGCUGCCGCCGCAGGCGACGGCGGCCUGGACGCUAGGAAGGUGAUGGAGAUGGUGGCGACGCUGUGCGAGCGGAACGCGCAGCAGUGCGCGGUGAUCGGCGCGCUGGCGGAGCGCGUGGACGCACUGGAGCGCGCCCUGCGGCGGGCCGAGGACGCCGAGCGCCGGCGCCGGCGGGGAAAGAAGGCAAAAAAAGAGGGGAGGGGGAGCAACCACAGCAAGUGCUACAGCGAUUGUGGGACAGAGAUCUGAGCACAAAUAACAGAGCUUUUGAGUUUUUUUCUGUUCUGUAGUAUGAUUGGUAGAAAUUUGAGUUCUUUUGUAAAUGUGUUCCGUUUUUUUUUUGUUGUAUAAUUCAGUUUUUCAAUAUGAUUUGCAUGUCUUUGCUUGAGAAUUA